AUGCCUGCCGCCUCGGCCGGACCCGCCGCUGCAGGAGGAUGGGUUUCGCCAGGCGGCAGCAAGAGAGGAGGAGCGGGAUCGAGGCUGAGGAUGACGAGAGUCGAUGGGUUCAACUCAACAGUGGGGUUCUCGCCUCGGAAUAGAAAGGACCGACCGUUCGCGGAGCGGGCUUGCAUUCCGGCGACAGAGGUGAUCGACGUUCUCGAGAACCUGUCGGGCACCUUGAUUUUUAACACCGCCACCUCGCAGGAGCGGCUCGCGCUUGCCAGUCGGUUGCGGCACUGGGUCGUCGAGGACGGCACAUACCUCAUCCGAGAGGGCGACGGGGAUAGGAAUCGAUCGGCGAUUUUCAUGAUCGCCUCGGGGAAAGCCACGAUAUCCCUCAACAGAACCAUCGAGGGCGGCUCUGUCCAGGAGGUGGACAUCAAAGACAUCAAGUCCCCCAACUACUUCGGGGAAGGGAGGGUCCUGGGGGACAGUCAGGCGUACGCGAGCGUGAGGGCGAAAGAGGAGCUCGUCGUGUACUACCUCAUGCGGGCCGACAUCGAAGAGCUUGUCAGCCCAACGACGAGGGCUUUGAUGGAGCGGGACAUGCUCGUCAGAAAGUUCCAGAAGGAGCACCUUGACGACCUUUUUGCGGUCAUCAGGAAGAACCUUUCGGGCAUGGAAUGCCUCGCGAGAUUCGCGGAAGAGCAGCGGAUGGGCGGGGAGGUCGGGUUCUUCAUCGAGGUGGAAGCGUACCAGAACGCUGAAACGAGCGAGGACGACGAGGCGCGAAAGCAGCACGCGGAGAGAAUAGUGGCCAGCUACAUCUCUCCGAGCUCUUCGGGGGUGCCUGGCCUGAUCUACACCUCCGAAGCCCAGCGGAACGCCUUGGCGGCGAAGAUGAGGAGGUUGUGGCCCAAGCACAAACCAAGGCACGAAAACAGCAGCAUACCCAGAAAUAGCGAGAAGGAGGGGAGCGGGGGCGGGGGCAAGGUCGACCCGCCGGUCGUGCACGGCGGUGGGCUUGUCGGCGACGGCCCCGCGGACGGAGAAAAGGGGGGGGGGGCGUCGUUGGACGACGACCGAGGAGUUGCAGGGUUAGGGCGGCAUACACCCCCGGGUGUGGGUGGCGACACUCUUGUUGGCGAGGGCGAAGGUUGUGGUGACGUCUCACCCGAUUCAUGUUCAGGCAACGCCGGCGACGGUGGCGAAGGUCCGGGUUCGCAAUGGUCGGGGUCGCGGGAUGCUCGCACGGAGUCGUCUUCAUCGUCCGCGCGUUGGGACAGCGGGCGGAGCGACAACGGCGACGGCGAGGGGGACGGGGAGAUGAUAGACGGGGCCGAGGACGAGGAGGGUCGCCAGGGGACCGACCGCAAGGCGCUGUCCAGGUCUCUGUUCGAUGAGAUCUUGGACCAGAACGCCAUUCCAACGAUACGGCAGAACAUCGUCCCCAAGUUCAUCCAGAGCAGCUACUACGAGAUCUUUCUGGCGGAGCUGUUCCCUCAGGUCGAGACGCCGGACAUCGACGCUUCCGCCGGCAACGAGUCCCGCCUCGCGCACCUCAAGUCCGACAACACAAGCAUGACCCUCGACGAGAGCGACGGCGGUCCAUCGAGACAAUACCGGACUACCUCUUUGGAGGAGGUCAGGGACAGUCCGGAGGCCCUGGCCGCGAGGAUCGCCCAGGCGGUGGCGGCUGCCAGGAAAGUCGCGGAGGAGGCGGCGGUCGCCGCGGCGGCGGCGGCGGCAGCGGCUGUAGCUGCGGAGGUGGCGGACGGGGGACGGAGCAAGGACCCCGCCGUUGCUGCUGUUGAAGCAUCUGACUCGGCCCUAGAAGUUGCAAGGGGUCAAAAACGCCUGCUCACAUUGGACGAGGCUAGGAGCGUGAACGACAGCGCCGUCAGCGGACUUCGAUUCGCCGAGGGGGAUGAUGGCACGGACCAUUCCGGCGAAGAGGAGGACUUCAGCGAUGAACUGCUGGUGGUGAUAGGAUUCCGGAAGGGGGGGCUAGUCAGGAGAGUGUCGACGGGGGGGCUCGCGAGAAUAGAAGAGAAGGCAGGAAAACCUUGUUUGCUGAUGUAA